AUUUUUUUCUCCUCUCUAACUUUUGCUCUCUUUCCCUCCUCCUCCCUCUCUCCCAUUUCACUUUCGCUUUUGUUUCCAUCUCUGACCUAAUUGUCUCUGUGAUCCAUUUCCAUUCCCAUUAUUUCCAUUCCUCCCUCUCUCUCUCUCCACACCUCUCAUCGCCUCCGAUCCAUCCAAGCCAAAAAACCCAAAACUUGAAUUUAGAUUUAUAACCCAUUUGAGAGUUUGUUUUAGGUUGUUGAAGAAUAGAAGAAGAUCAUGACUCCAGCUAACUUGGCAACUCAGUUUGGGGACACCACUUACACCAAGGUCUUCGUCGGCGGCUUGGCCUGGGAAACCCACAAGGACACCAUGAAGAAAUACUUCGAGCAGUUCGGCGACAUCUUGGAAGCCGUCGUCAUUACCGACAAGGCCACCGGCCGAUCCAAGGGCUACGGAUUCGUCACUUUCCGCGAGCCCGAGGCUGCGAUGAGGGCCUGCGUCGACGCUGCUCCGGUCAUCGACGGCCGGAGGGCCAACUGCAACCUUGCUUCCCUCGGCGUCCAGAGAUCCAAACCCUCCACGCCUAAGCACGAGAAAAAGAAAUGGGAAUUGACAGGAGGAGGAGGAGGGAGGAAUUUUAGGGUAUUGAGCUCUUUCCAGAGUGGCUUUGGAGGGAAUGUUGGAUCAGCUUUUCAUUCAGCUGCAACUUUUCCUCAUUAUGCUGUCCAGCAAGGGAUCCCUUACAAUCUCUAUGGGUACUCUUCCUACUCGCCCGACUACACUUAUCCUACGAGCUACUACAAUGUGUACGGCGGGGCAACUGCACAGUACCCCAUGUACGGAACAGGUCCCGGCGGCAUAAUGAACGGAGCUGCGGCAGCGGCGGCAGCGUUCUACCCGUAUUUCCAAUUUGGGGAAGGAAGCGGCGGCGGAGGCGGCAACGGAUUCACCGCCGGUUCGGGGCAGCAGGGCGGCUACGGCGUGCAGUAUCCUCACCACCUUUUUCAGUACUCAGCCGCCAUUAAUUCGUCUGCAACAAGCUUCCCUCAGCACUACGCUGCUCCUCCCAUGUCUCUCCCUCCCACGCCCCCCACCUUGCCAUCAGUGUUUUUUGCUGUCCCACAGGCGUGACCAUGGCUCUUCCUGCUCCGAUCCCUCAUCGCUAGACAGACAAAUCGUCAGUCAAAUUUGCUUCUCCAAAGUAAACCAAACCAGACCCAAACCCAACCACCUUCGCCCUAACCAUGGUUAAUUCUCUCUCUCUCUCUCUCUAUCUCUCUCUCUAACACCAACCAACACUUAGCCAAAUCCAUAGCAUUUGGGAUAUGCUAUGCUUUUGGGCAAUGCAUUGCAAUGCAUUAUUCUUCUUCUUCAUUUAUUAUUAUGGGCUUUAAUUUCCCCAGCCCCCCUUAGGGGCUCUUAUUACAACCAACAAAAUCAUGCAUUUUUCUUCCCCAAAAUGGUUCCUUUUAUCAAGACAACCAAAUCCCCCACUUCAUAUAUUGUGAGAUCAAGCAAUCUCUGCACAUACGUUGUCGUUUUAAUUUGUCAACUUCUUCUUCUGAAGCUUUUCAAAACCACCACUACUUCUUCUUCUACUUGGGUUUGCCAAAAAAAAAAAAAAUUGUACAUUAUUCAAAAAUAUAGCAUCCCACCCACCACUCAAGUUUUGGAUCUGUAAUUAAAUUUCAACUAGGGAAAAUUCUUCAAAAUUUUUCAAAAUUUUCAAAGGGGUUGGGGGGCAAUGGAUGCCCCCCAUUCUUCCCUCUCUCUUUUAAACAUUUUUUUUGGUUUUUUUACAAAUUAAUUUAGUAAUAGUGAUUUGGUCUAAUCAACCAACCCAGUUUGACAUAUUCCCCUGGGGCAAGGGGUAGAGCAUUAUCAUUAAUUAGUUUAAUUAGUUUAAUUAGUUCAAUUCCUCUGUAAUUACAAAUUCACAGAUCAGGAUUAACCGUGGGUGUAACUUUGGGAGUUACAGCCCCGUUUUUGGUAAAUCAGAGCAGAAAUAUUGCUCUUGGUUUAACUUUUUUCUUUUUUUUCUUUAAUUAGAAAUUAGGAUAGUUUAUGAGUUUUUCAGUUUCAGCAUCCAUGAGAUUUUGAGAGUCCAUUAAUGGGAUUAUGGAGCUCAAAAUUGAAGCAUUUUGCAUGUGAGCCAUUGGGAGAUAUUUGGGUUCCCUUUUGGCUUCUUCUCUUCACUAAUUAACCCUACCAAACCAACCAUGGUUAGGACUUAGGUCAACUUCAUCUCUCUCUUUCUUCACCAUGCUGCCCUUUUACUUCUCAGUAUUUUACCAUUUUACCCUCUGCAUCAUCAUCCAAUAUUAUUCUCCCUCGUGUCUCUGUGUUCAAGGGGCUUCCUUGGUGGACCUUGGAAAACACUGUGUUUUAAUUAAUUAUGUCUGUAAAAGAAGAGCCUUUCUUUUUCUUUUUAAUUUCUUCAUGUCUUUUAUGGUUUGUGAUGUAAUUAGACGGUACUGCCCUUCUCUUUCCAUCAGGACUCUUCUUCUAAGAAUUGAGAUUCAGUUCUCUCGGCCAGCUGCUGCUGCAUGUGCAUGCAUUAAGCUGGUUUUGAGAAUAACCUAUGUACCUCAUUAUUAAUUGCUUCUUCCUUUCUCUCUCU